GGCUGCGUCCGCGGCCGGGGAGAGGAGGAGCGAGGGCGGGAACCAAGAGCGAGGUGGGAGGAGUCUGGGCGCUUCCGAGGUCCCGGGCGGGAGGCGGUCCCUCCCAGUGGCGCCCCCGCGUGACUGCGCUUUACAUAAUCGAGGCCGCGCGCGUCAUAAGCGGCGUAUUCCAAUCCCGACCGAAUCAGAGUCAUCGGAAGCUCCGUGUUUCGCCCCUUCGUGCUUGAUGGACAUCGAAAUGAACCAGUGAACGGGCGUCCAGCGCCGCCGCGCCCGCCCUGGUCCGCCGGCACCCGCCGGCCCGCCCGCCUGCCGCAGCCCGCAGCCAGCCGCCGCCGCCGCUGCCAGCUUGUGCCUCAGACUGUCAGAUAAAGCGGCGGGCCGGGCCGGCGGGGCGGGGAGCACGGCUCGGCCGGACAUGGCGGCGCUCUACGCGUGCACCAAGUGCCACCAGCGCUUCCCCUUCGAGGCGCUGUCUCAGGGGCAGCAGCUGUGCAAGGAAUGUCGGAUUGCACACCCUGUUGUGAAGUGCACCUACUGUAGGACUGAGUACCAGCAGGAGAGUAAAACCAAUACAAUAUGCAAGAAAUGUGCUCAGAAUGUGCAGCUGUAUGGAACACCCAAACCUUGUCAGUAUUGCAACAUAAUUGCAGCAUUUAUUGGCAACAAAUGCCAGCGCUGCACAAAUUCAGAGAAGAAAUAUGGACCACCAUAUUCUUGUGAACAGUGCAAGCAGCAGUGUGCAUUUGACAGGAAAGAUGAUAGAAAGAAGGUAGAUGGGAAGUUGCUGUGCUGGCUGUGCACACUUUCAUACAAACGGGUCCUUCAGAAGACUAAAGAGCAGAGGAAGCACCUGAGCAGCUCUUCGCGUGCCAGCCACCAGGAGAAGGAGCAGUACAGUCGACUGAGUGGUGGCAGCCAUUAUAACAGCCAGAAAACACUUUCUACGUCUUCAAUUCAAAAUGAAAUCCCAAAGAAAAAAUCCAAGUUUGAGUCAAUCACGACCAAUGGAGACAGCUUUUCCCCAGACCUGGCUCUGGACUCACCAGGCACUGACCACUUUGUCAUCAUUGCUCAACUGAAGGAAGAAGUGGCCACUCUGAAGAAGAUGCUGCAUCAAAAGGAUCAAAUGAUUUUAGAGAAAGAGAAGAAGAUCACAGAGUUGAAGGCUGAUUUUCAAUACCAAGAAUCUCAGAUGAGAGCCAAAAUGAACCAGAUGGAGAAAACCCACAAAGAAGUCACAGAACAAUUGCAGGCCAAAAACCGAGAGCUCCUGAAGCAGGCAGCUGCCUUGUCCAAGAGCAAGAAGUCCGAGAAGUCAGGAACUAUAACCUCUCCCUGAGAGACGACAAGGAGGCUCCCAGCAACAGCAAAUGGGUUCCUGGGUUAGGGUUGGCGACGUGGCUGUUUUCUGGGAAUUGCAAGCUUUCUUAAGAAAUCUAUUUUAUUAUAGUUAUCCUUCUCUGUGCGAUUGCAGUGGGCUGAAUGGAAACACCUGGUUUGUGCUGUGUUAUGACUGCAUGCCUGAAUGUUUGGGAUUUCGUGCUCUCUCCCUCUCUCUCACCCUCUUACUCCUCUCUUCUCCUGCUCCCCCCUUCCCAUUCUCUAGUUACUACUCUUUCUCUCUCUCUCUCUUUUGGUACUACUAUUUGUGUGUGGUGGUCGCUGCUCAGUGUUAUGUGCAGAAUGAUUUUUUUUUGUCCAUCAUUGCAUCCUGCCAUACCCAUGAGCAAAUAGUUUGGCAUUAAUUACAUAUCACUGCCACCCUCUGAACUUUGAAAACUGCCACCUUAAGACUUGGUACAAUGGAAGAGGCUUUCUCUCUCCAAUAAACCUUUUGCUUCAGGGUAUACUCUUGGGUUUUUUUCCAGGUAUAUUAUGUAUGAACUUUGUACUAUGUAUAGCCAGAGUUUUAUUUAUUUUUUAAAAAAGAACCUUUUUCUUGAUAAAGGAAUAAUGGUAACCUAGCUUGUUCUUCUUGUAAAAGUGAUGCUUCUUAAAAAAAGUCUCUAGCUUUUAGUAAAAGAAUCAGAUGUUUUUUUUUUCUUGUUACCUUCGAGUCUUAAAAACUGAUUGCUAAAGUGAAACAAUUCAAUGCAUAAGUAUGGAGUUAAGUGCCUUUUGAAGGAUUUCUUGGAAGAGCGUUUAAGAAGCUACUGAAAGGAGGUAGCAAAGAUUUGAACAGUCUGUCUUUUUAAGUAAGGGCAGAAAGAAAGGUUGUCCAGGUUAUACUGGACGCUUCCCUCCCCCACCCCUUUCUUGAUUGUUUUAUGUGACUAAUUUUAAAUUCUCACACUGCCACUUCUUUUUAAAAAAAUAUCCUUUACUUGUAUCAGUUGUCAUACUGGGCCAUUGUCAGAGAACAUUCUUUUUUUACAUGAGCAGAUUCAAAAUGGGAGAAUAUUUGAACUACAGAGCAUUUUUGGGGUCAGUAUGAGCUGCUCAAGUAUGGACUCUGAGUCUGAUUGGGAGAAAUGAUAUCAGCGUACCUUCUCCAGCCUGUACACUCCCUGCCUUUAAUGGAAAUGUAGGGAAAAUAGGUGCUUCUCAGAAGCAGCUUGGCCUCAGCCAGAAUUAUUUGUGUCCUGUUUUCCUUUGACCCAAUAGGCACGUCAAUUUGCUUUUCCAGGAGAGGAGAUAGAUUUGCAUUUCUAGCCAUACUCUCAGGUCCUCUGUGUGAUGUUUGUGAAGGGAAUUAGAGAUGUGUAGUGUGCCAUGAAACAGCAUAAAACCAACAACCUUGGAAUUGUUAAUGCAGUGGGGUACUAGAGUUCGAGGUAAUCAUGAGGGCAGUGACAUUUGUACCUCAGUCUACCAAAACUGUAGCAGUAAGUUUAACUUGGUAGGCAUUUCCUAGAAGCAAGUGCUUAUAAUUUGUGAUAACAUUCUCACGGUGGAUCCAUGCAUAUAAUUGGACACAGAAGUGGAAAUGAGUGGCUUCCUUCUGAUAAGAGAAACAAUGGACCAUGUUGCUUUAGUAGGGGAUGUAAUUUUCCCUUUUAAGCAAGGGAAAUGGCAGUGCUCAACAGUUUUGUAACUCUUUGAAUGAGAACCUUUUAGGUAAAGAUAAACUGUCAUAUUUUUCAGAUGCAUUUACAUUGACUAUGGGGAAUAGAUUGUGAAAAAAGUUACAGUCAUGGUUUUUUUUUUAAUUUUAAAGACUUGAGAAAUUCUGUUACAUGAGGUGACAAUAUAAAAACACAUAUUUAGUUUUAUACUAAAUCUUUUUUUAAGGCCUUGGCAUUUAAUAUAAAGCAAAUCCACACAUUUUAUAACUUUCCACAAGUUCCAAAAAGGGAAAGAAGAAACCUCAGUCUUAAAAUUUUGCUUUUUAAAAAUCAUGACACUGUUUUACCAUGAAAUUGAGUAGCUAACUUUUGGUAACACCUUUUGUUUAUUUGUAUGUUUGUAAUAAUGGACAUUUUAAAACACAAGAAUGUUUUGGUUUGUACAGACUUUGACAAAUGUGUGUUAAUAAAAAUUCAUAUUGACUCAA